GUGGGGAACAAUGCUGACCGGUUUUAAAACGUCUAUGAUAUCCUUGGUCUGAAAAAAAGCCAUUAAGCUUGUGCAUAUAAAAUUUCUGCGUAUACAGUAAUGCUGGUGAUUAAUCGCAGCAAUUCUUUGCUUGGUUGGAGUAAUCCAACAUGUGGUGGCCAACCCCGCCCCUCUCACAUUACACACUAUAAGCUUGUCACUUUUCCCACCAAGCGUUCAGAGGGAGGCAGCCUCAUUGACUUAAAGCAUGUGAGCAUUUAUUUAUUUAUUGGAGGAAAAAAGUUUACAAAGAAUCAGAGCAUUGCAAAUUAUAUCUGAAGACUUGAAGUGACAAAGAACGGUGCCAUUUGCAAAGAUCUAGGAUUUUAAACUUUGUUUGAGUGCAGACAGCACCUUCGAGUCUUUCAAUGGAUCAGACGACAAGCAGCUGCAUGCGCAAUUCGCAUUCCGGGGCCGCCGUGUGGAGCUGCAUGCGAAAUCCACAUUCCGGGGCGGGGGUUCCCGGCCUCCACCACUAUCCUUCUCCUUUCUCUUUAUACAAAAAGUCCGAAGUCGCGGACUUCACCGCUUAUCCAGAUUUCCCUUCUCCUUGCCUGGUGUCGGCGACGCACAGUUUCCCCGGAGAAGAAAGGGUUUACGUGGAACAUCACCCGGGCCGCUUCCACCGCACCGAGUGGCACAUUCCCCCUCCGCUGCCGACGGCGGCCAGAGACAGACAAACCUCAUGCUUGUCAGCCAGCUCCGCGAAUUUCGAAACCGGUGGCUCGGAGCCGGCGCUAUGUGCCGCGACUGGGGAUUACUCCAGCCAGCGGGGCAUCGCUGCUUCCGAACUCGACAAGAAACCAACGAAAAGGAAACGCGACGUGUUAGAAACUCAAGAUUCAAAUUACAAGUCCGAGUCCAAUAACAAGGCCAGGAAAGAAAGGACAGCAUUCACUAAAGAACAGAUUCGAGAACUGGAAGCUGAAUUUGCUCAUCAUAAUUAUCUGACCAGACUGAGGCGAUAUGAGAUAGCAGUUAACUUGGAUCUCACAGAAAGACAGGUAAAGGUCUGGUUCCAGAAUAGAAGAAUGAAGUGGAAGCGUGUCAAAGGUGGACAACCAAUUUCACCACAGAGUCAAGAACCUGAUGAUGUGGACUGCGUGACUCCUGAUGCAAGUCUCAGGAACAUAGAUGGAAAGAGCCAAUUGGAGGGCCUAGUGGACAGUAAGGAAACAAUGCAGGAUAGUAUUAGAUAAAUCCAUUGGCCGUAUCCAUCAGAUUUGGACUCUAAAGUGAACUUAAGUUGGAUGAUAUCACCUAUUUAAUAUCAGGUGUCAACUUGACCAAUCUCAAGUGAAGCUUUGAACAUUUUGGAACAUCAGCUCAGACUCAUUCAACUUUGAAACCAAAGUUCAUUGAACCCCAAUUAUUGACCAUGAACGUUUUGUUUUUGUAUUAUAGCAAAGAAUCAGAUUUGAAAUCUAUGGUUUCAUUUAUCAUUUCAACAAACUGUCAUUUAUUUUUGCUUUUUUUUUAAAGAAAAUUUAGCUUACAAGUUUGUUGCAUAAAUACAGUAUUACGAGAAAAAACAUUGGGUCAAAUCACAUUAAAUUAAACAGCAUAAAAACUUUUAUGAAGAUAAAACCAAGGAAUGGAAGUGUAUAGUUCUUUAGUAGCAAUUUUUCCACUAUGUAUUAGGCAUAUGUAAAAUAAACCAAUUCUGUAAAACACUAUGUUAAAUACUCAUUUAUUAUCAUUAAACCUUUGCCAAAAUGAU